CGCUUGGUGGCUUUGCGGGGAGAUGGAGGACCGGGGUCUGCAAGGCGUGAAGCCCUACCUGGAGAAGCUCACCCUCGGGGUGACCCGCCUCCUGGAAACCUCUCCAGGAGUUACGGAAGUCAUGUUUGUAGAAAAAGAACCGGCUGAGCGACACACAAUCGUCUCCUGGGAACAGAAAAACGCCUGCGUCCUACCAGACGAUCUGAAGAAUUUCUACCUCAUGACCGACGGUUUCCGGAUGACCUGGAACGUCAAGUUUGAUGAUAACCCAGUUUCUCUAGGCUGCAUGACGAUUAACAGCAUCUCCAAGCUGAACCGUCUCUGUGUCUCACCAGUGUACACUUUGCCCAGUGCACCAACUCUGGCUGAUCUGGAAGACUCCGAUGAGGAGGAAGGUAUACACACACACACACAC